GAGGCGGUGGUGGAGGUGGGGGACAAGGUGGAGGUCAUGGGGAAGGUGGCGGGUAUGGAGGAGGAAGUGGUAGUGGGGGUGGGCAUGAAGGUGGCGGAGGAGGAGGAGGAUCGGGCGGAGGUAGUGGUGGUGGGGAACAAGGUGGAGGCCGUGGAGAAGGAGGAGGGUAUGGAGAAGGAAGUGGUAGUGGGGGUGGACAUGAUGGUGGUAGAGGUGGAGGAGGAGGAUCAGGAGGAGGAGGAGGAGGAGGAGGCGGUGGUGGUGGGCAAGGUGGAGGUGAAGGAGCAGGUACCGACCGUGGAGGAGGAAGUGGUAGUGCGGAUGGACAUUAUGGUGGAGGAGGUGGAGGAGGAAGAUCGGGCGGAGGUGGAGGUGGUGGUCGGGCACAUGAUGGAAGUUCAGGAAAAGGGAGUGGAUACAGAGGAGGAAGUGGUAGUCGGGGUGGACACAAUGGCGGCGGAGGAGGAUCAGGCGCAGGUGGUGGGUACGGAGGAGGUAAACAACACGGUGGUGGAAACCAUUCACCAUGAAAGGGUAGAAGAAAAGCGACGGCGACGGCGACGGCAUACGAGUUAUAUAUAUACUUAUAUAUCUUCCUACUUAGACCUACACGUACCCAUAGUAGAAUAUGAUUGAAUAACUCUUUGUACUAGGUAUAGUACGAGCUCCUUGAGAAGGAAAAGAGGAAGGUACUAAGAAGCUAAGCUAAGAAUGAAUUGAAGGUAGUGUUGCAUAAAUAUAACAGCAUUGCUUUCAAUAGUCAUAUACGAAGUAUGAUCGAUAUGAUGAACUACGUGUGUUAUUAUGGAUGCAUGCAUGCUACUUAUCAUUCGUGUAUUGAAAUACUAAGCAUAUAUUUGAACCUUGUUGUGAAUUUAUGAUCAUAAAUACUCAAUACAUCUAAAUUCUUAUGCAUA